UACCAAAUAAAAAAAAAAACCAUAAAGAUGACUGUUAUUGAUUCAUCAAUUCAAAUUGAAUGUCAAAAAAAUGUACAGUCAUCACCUCACAAUAAAAACAUCUUGGCAGAUCGAGAAAAUGAUAUUCAACUUGUAAAGAAGCUUCGUCAAUCAAGUGAUUGGGAAGAAGUGAUAGCUUAUCAGCAUUUAUCAGACUCUGCAAGAUCUCAUUCUUUGACUGCCACUACUUUGCGGGGAGAAGGUAUGAUUGCAAGACGCCCUGUCAAAUUUUUUAAUAAAGAUAAGACUGCUUGUAUCAUGGCUAUUCAUUUUGGCGCUAACUUGUGUGGCCAUGAUGGAGUUAUUCAUGGUGGUUUAGCUGCUACUAUCCUAGACGAAAUGCUGGCUUAUGUCACUAUUCCUAGUUUACCAGGCUAUUCAGGUUUUACUGCAAAUCUGAAUGUCAACUACCGUAAACCUAUUCUUUCUAAUCAAUGGGUCAUUGUUCGUGGUGAACUAGAAAAGCUGGAAGGUCGAAAGGCUUGGGGCAAAGCCCAUAUUGAGACGAUUGACGAGACGCCAGUUAUUUUGACAGAAGCUACUGCUUUGUAUAUCAGUCCUCGUACCCAAGGGCCUGUCACUGAUUUUUAAUUGCUAAGAAUUAGAUCACGUUUAAUAAAGAUUCAUUCUAUGAUGCAAUGAACAUGCUCAGGCAGUUCAUUCAAUAGCCAAAGAGCUAGUCUGGAGAGGUUGGAGGGGUUUAAAGGUCCUAGUUAUUUGGAAACCCAAAAGUUCAACAAUGUUUACUGUGUCAUCAGAGCUGCUUAUUAAUUGCCGAAGGAUACUGCUGAAUCAAAG